GACACACAACAUGGAAUGUGAACUGGUUCUAGGAGAAUGGGUGCUUCUUUUUAUAGAAAUGGUUUUCUCUUUUGCAGGCAGAGUAUAGAAUCUCUCUCUCUCUCUCCUUUAUAGGUCUCUCUCCUUCGAGAGACUAUAGAGUGAAGAAGAGACUUUAAAAAGCCAAAGAUUCUCUCGGAGAUCAAUAAGAUUUUCUUUUUCUCCUUCUGAUCUUGCCUCCUCUACUUCCUCCUACUGUGAUUUUGAUUUUAUUGCGGUUCAUUGAUCCUGUGUGCCGGCCAGUUCGCGCGUGGGUAUAUACACAACACACUCCACGCGCUCUUUUCUCUAUCUAUUACAGUAUUUAAUGCUCUCUCACCCACUUUCUUCUACAAAACUUACAACUGGUGGUGAACAGAGAAACAAAGCAAGACACAUACACAGAUAAGAGAUAGAGAGAGAGAGAAUCUGACCUCGUUUCCUUCUCGUGCGAGGGAAAAUUUAAUUGUUUUCUACUUUGGAUUAAUCUUCCAUUUACUUACCAAGAGAAGCGAGACAGAGAGGUUAAUAUACUAUCAAGACGCUCCUUGACUCUCUCUCAAGAUUUUCAAAACUAGAAAGAGAGAAAGAGAGAGAGAGAAAAGAAAAUAUGUUUGCUGCGGAGAACGGUCUGAAAGGAGAUCCAAGGCUUGAAGCUAUAUCAGCAGCCAUUAGAGUAGUUCCUAAUUUCCCCAAGAAAGGGAUCAUGUUUCAGGACAUAACUACGUUGUUGCUAGAUCACAAGGCGUUUAAACACACAAUUGAUAUCUUUGUAGAUCGUUACAAAGACAUGCAAAUCUCUGUUGUUGCUGAUGACAUGCAAAUGAUUGUAGGAGUUGAAGCAAGAGGUUUCAUGUUUGGUCCACCCAUUGCCUUAGCCAUAGGCGCAAAGUUUGUCCCUUUGCGUAAACCAGGCAAAUUACCAGGGAAAGUGAUAUCUGAGUCUUACGAGCUUGAGUACGGACAUGACCGUUUGGAGAUGCAUGUUGACGCCGUUGAGCCACUAGAACGCGUCAUUAUUAUCGACGAUCUUGUCGCUACGGGCGGUACACUCUCAGCUGCCAUUAGCCUUAUGGAGAGCCAGGGAGCUGAAGUUGUGGAAUGUGCUUGUGUUAUUGGCUUGCCUGAAGUCAAGGGACAACACAAGCUGAAAGGGAAGCCGCUCUAUGUGCUGGUGGAGCCAAGUGGAUUAGAUGAAUUCUGUUAGGAUACAACAUGGUUAAUUCCGGGGUUUUUUAACUGCAGUUCUUAGUUUAAGGGUUCUAUCUUCAUGUAUUAGAUCUCUCUAUUUUAGUUUUUUUUGUCUCUGUGGAUUUUGAAUUUUGCUGUUUUGUGUUUAUGUGAGGGUUAGGACAAUGUGUACUUUCCACGGUAGUGGUUGGUAAAACCAGGAAACUGAAACGUCUUUACAUC